AUGUCUUGGGAACGUAUUCAACAACUUUCCGAUAUGUUAAACUUCCCUAAAACUUCAAUAGAUAGUGUCAUGCUCUUUACACUGGAACGCAAAUUCUGUGAUAUUUUCAUUAGCUUGCAGAGUUUCACAGAUGAACCUAACAUGCUGGAUGUCACUCGGAAAAUCCAAACUCUAUUUCAAGAUGCUGUAUUUGACCUUUCUCCACUGUACCUAACUGAGUACUUUGAUCUCUAUGCCUCUGAGGUUCAAAGCAAGAUUUUAUUGACCAAGAGGGAAAUUAGAGCCAAAUACUCCUUUCCUAAAAUAUCAUUACAACUUCCAGCCAAGUUUGUUAAGGAUAUCAUCCAUUCUGUGCUAGAGAAUAUUGGCGGUCUAGUGAAGAUUCAUGAUCCAUAUUCACCUCUUUAUAUUCCCGAAACAGUAUUGGAACAUAUAGAAGAUGUUUCAAAGGAAUUGAAAUUGCUGCUAAAUUUUGUCUGCUUUGCUGCAGAGAGGUUCAUAGAGCCUCAGAGCCAACAUCAUGUUAAUUUCCUCGCUCAUGUUUUAGCUGUGUCCGGCCACAUAUCAACGCUUAUCUGGAUGUAUUUACCAGACUUGGCUCCAGAGCAAAUGAAUGUUAUACUUUCUGAUUUCUUGCGAAUGAGGAUUAAGCCAAUUCAACCAUGCAUCCGCAAGAUCUAUGUUGAUGUCUUGCUAUCAUUAAAGCGACAAUACAAUCAGAAUGGUGUACCAACAUCGGAAGUGAGGAUGCAAUUGACAGUGAAGAUGCUCAACCUUUUGAGAGCCAAUAUCUUCCGUGUGCCAAUAAAAGAUCUUGAAUUUCUUCUUCGAGAUAUAGAGAUUGUGGUUAUUGAUGUUGGACUUCUGGUAUACUCAUUAUAUGAAGAUGAGGCACCGGGAGGAGUGAACCUCACACAAGUGCUUGAUUUUUCAAGCAGCAUUCAACGUCUAAGCAUAGCCAUAUACCUCACCAUUCGGAAGGCGUUCCAAUCUAAUUUGCCUAGGAUUCAUGGACUAGGCUUUGUUGAUUGCCUUUUAAACAACCUGAAGAAGUUCCAAAUCCUCCAGUCAGAUUCACUAGCUUCUGUCAUGGACAAACUUCAAUUACUUCAGAAGGAAUUUGAGAACUUGCAACCUUUUCUACAGGUUGUUGCAGAAGAGCGAAACAAUGACCUCGACGAAAUUCAACAUUGUGCUACACAAUUGAUUGGCAAAGCACAUGAGGUGGAAUACAUAGUUGAUGCUUGUAUAAGCGAAGAAGCUCCUGUCUGGUGCCUCGAGCAUUGGAUCUUACAUAUCAUGGAGGAGAUUACUCUUAUCAGAGCAGAGGUAGCAGAGAUUCGUGAAAAGAAAAUGGAUUUGGAUGCAUUGAACACUGUUCCAGUUAAUACAUCAAAUUUGGCAAGGUCUCCAAUGAUGAAUGAAGAAAUUAUUGGUUUUGAGGAUGUCAUAGAAAAGUUAAGAGACCAACUAAUAAAAGGCACGAAAGAGCGCGAUGUUAUAUCAGUUGUUGGUAUGCCAGGUCUAGGCAAGACAACUUUGGCCUACAGACUCUACUAUGACAAGUCAGUCGCUUCGCACUUUGAAAUUCGUGCACAGUGUUGUGUGUCUCAAGUAUAUUCAUGUAAGGACUUGUUAAUAGCAAUUUUACGUGGUGCUAUCAGUGAGAACUUUGAGUGUAGAGAAAAACAAGCUGAUGAAUUAGCUUAUCUGCUUCGCAAAACUUUAUUUUCCAAAAGAUAUCUCAUCCUUGUUGAUGAUGUGUGGGAAACUAGUGUGUGGGAUGAUCUAAGAGGUUCUUUCCGUGAUUCCAAUAACGGAAGUAGAAUUAUUCUAACAACGCGGGAUCAUGAAGUUGCCAUGUACACUAAAAUUCGAAGUGAUCCCCUUCUGCUUCGUAUGUUUAACAGUGAUGAAAGUUGGGAGUUACUCCGAAAAAAAGUGUUUGGUGAAGAAAGUUGCUCUCCACUCCUAACAGAAAUUGGGCAAGAAAUAGCAAAAAAAUGUGGUCAACUGCCUCUUUCAGUUGUUUUGGUGGCUGGUAUUCUGUCUGAGAUGGAGAAGAAAGUAGAAUGUUGGGAACAAUUGGCCAACAAUUUAGGUCCUCACAUUCACAAAGACUCAAGGACCGUUAUAGAACAAAGUUAUCAGAUUUUACUUUGGAGCACUUUUAGAGGAUAG